ACAUUAACGUGUUUUCUUCACUAAUAAAAUGUUUUCUGAGAUGUAUCCGUCACUCUCCAGAGUUUAACUUAACUCACUCAUCUCUACAGCCCAAGCAAAGAAGCUCCACCGACGAUUCCUUCCAAUCGAAAAAUCCCGAUCUGAAACAAACUAACUGCUCUAGGUGAAAAAAGUUUAUCUAUAGCAAUGGCGGUGGCCUUCCGUGGAGGCCGUAACGGAGUCGGAACCGGACUCCGGAUCUUCAUCUCCGCCUUGUUCUCUUUCCUCUUCCUCGCCACCUUCUCCGUCUUCCUCAACUCCUCUCGUCACCAGCCUCCUCACGAUCACACAUUGCCGAGUGGUGGAAACGCGUAUAUGCAGAGGACGUUUCUGGCUUUACAAUCAGAUCCUUUGAAAACUAGGUUGGAUAUGAUCCACAAGCAAGCCACUGAUCAUCUCACGCUUGUCAAUGCAUAUGCUGCUUACGCUAGGAAGCUGAAACUCGACGCUUCUAAGCAGCUGAAGCUCUUUGAGGAUCUAGCUAUCAACUUCUCUGAUCUGCAGUCCAAACCUGGUUUGAACGGCAAUGCUCUUGAGGAGGAUGCGUUUAGGCUUCUCGAGAAAGAGGUGAAAGAUAAGGUGAAGACAGCGAGGAUGAUGAUUGUUGAGUCCAAAGAGAGUUACGAUACGCAGCUCAAGAUCCAGAAGCUGAGAGAUACGAUCUUUGCUGUCCAGGAACAGUUGGCGAAGGCGAAGAAGAGCGGCGCCGUUGCGAGCUUGAUCUCGGCCAAGUCUGUUCCUAAGAGUCUUAACUGUUUGGCGAUGAGGCUUGUGGGGGAGAGGAUCAAUAAUCCUGAGAAGUAUAAGGAUGCUCCGUUUGAUUCGGCUGUGGAGGAUCCGAGUCUUUACCACUACGCGAUUUUCUCUGAUAAUGUGAUUGCUGUGUCGGUUGUGGUGAGAUCUGUUGUGAUGAAUGCUGAGGAGCCGUGGAAGCAUGUGUUUCACGUGGUGACUGAUCGGAUGAAUCUUGCGGCUAUGAAGGUUUGGUUUAAGAUGCGUCCUUUGGACCGUGGUGCGCAUAUUGAGAUCAAAUCAGUGGACGAGUUCAAGUUCUUGAACUCUUCUUAUGCGCCGGUGUUGAAGCAGCUGGAGUCUGCCAAGUUGCAGAAGUUUUACUUUGAGAACCAGGCGGAGAACGCUACUAAAGAUGCUCAUAGCCUCAAGUUCAAGAACCCGAAGUAUCUCUCCAUGCUGAACCAUCUCAGGUUUUACUUGCCGGAGAUGUACCCGAAGCUGAACAAGAUCUUGUUCUUGGACGAUGAUGUUGUGGUGCAGAAGGACGUGACUGGUUUAUGGAAGAUCAACUUGGAUGGGAAAGUGAAUGGAGCUGUUGAGACGUGUUUUGGCUCUUUCCAUCGAUAUGGUCAGUACCUAAACUUCACUCAUCCUCUGAUCAAAGAGAGCUUUAACCCCAAUGCUUGUGCUUGGGCCUUUGGGAUGAAUAUAUUUGAUCUCAAUGCUUGGAGGCGCGAGAAAUGCACAGAUCAAUACCAUUACUGGCAGAACUUGAAUGAAGACAGAACUCUCUGGGAAUUGGGCACGCUGCCUCCGGGACUGAUGACAUUCUAUUCAAAGACGAAAUCACUGGACAAGUCCUGGCAUGUGCUUGGGUUAGGCUACAACCCGGGAGUGAGCAUGGACGAGAUAAAAAAAGCAGCGGUGAUACAUUACAAUGGAAACAUGAAACCAUGGCUAGACAUUGCAAUGAACCAAUACAAGUCUCUCUGGACUAAAUACGUCGAUAACGAAAUGGAGUUUGUGCAGAUGUGCAAUUUUGGUCUCUAGAGGGACACAGAGAUGGACAAAAAGAUCAAACCCGAAGAACUGAAAGAUAUUGAUAAGAGGUAAACUCGAAUCGAUAUGUUUCAGACAUUCAGAGCAUUCUUUAACUGAUACACGUUUAUCUUCUCUAUAUAUAGGGUUACAAAGUAUUUUGCUUGUUCUUUCUGUUAUAGUUCUGUUCUUAUUUUUGUUAUUGUAACACUUCACAGCAAAAGCUUCCUCCAAAAUUGCAAUGUCUCUCUUUGUUGUGUCUUUCAUACUUGUCUGCCUAAGAUUAAGAAACUCAUGUCCUAUAAUUUUAAACCGUUCCCUCAUAAAUAUUCACUUUUAGAGGUA